UGGGAUGAUAAACUUGUACAUAUAUUGAGUUAUAUCGUUAAGCCGUCACAACUGCGAGAAUGUGGUAAUGGAAUCGUUGAUGGCUCUGAGGAGUGCGACUGUGGAACUCGUGAGACGUGCACUGACCCAUGCUGUGAUCCGUUGACCUGUACUCUCCGAGCUCAUGCUCAAUGUGCAGCUCAUCAUCAGUGUUGUCAUCGGUGUGAGUUACGAAAGUCGGGCGAGGUGUGUAGAAGUGCUCGUUCGGCGUGUGACGUCCCGGAGACUUGUGAUGGGAAGUCCGGCGAUUGUCCUCCAGACGGACAUCUUAUGGAUGGGACCGCAUGUGGGCGAGCUGGUCAGUGCUGGCGUGGCAACUGCAGCGACCCUCAUCAACAAUGUCAGGAGAUCUGGGGCGAAGGUGCUCGAGUUGCUGAACAGGAAUGUUUCAAACAAAACACUCGUGGGCACGAAUACGCCAAUUGUGGCUCCAUUGAUGGCACAGGUACCUACCGGUCGUGUCAACCGGAGCAUAUCCGGUACAAUGCAAGCAAGUCCAUCGCUGACGAGAACGUGGGACUUGUCAAGGAUGGCUCCAGCUGUGGUCCUGGUCGACUGUGUGUUGCCGGUUCCUGCGUGGAAAUGUCCUCUGUGAGAAUUAUCGGAUUUUUUAUUUAUUUUGUACGGCCGGGUAUUUAG